AUGACAACAUGGAUAGGACUAAAAGCAGGGGAAAUAAACGAGUCUCUUCGUAAACUCAGAGGACUCGUAACACCAUUACAGCCUGGUUUGGCUGUUGGGAGGCAAUUAGCAAUAGAAGGUGCCUCCAACACCCUUACUCCGGACAUACAAGUUAGUGGGCCCAUGCUAGAAGCCUCAGUCAUCCCCAGCACUCAACGUUCAACAUCAAUUGAGGACAAUGCAACUUGCGUCAAUGAAGAGCAUCUUGAAGCUCCAAUGGACCAUGAUGGUGAUUUCCCAAUGCUCCCCACACCAUUACCCACCUCCAAACGUCCUGAAUCUCCCUCUAUGCCUGCCCCCACAAUGGACCAAGAUGGUGGUUCCCCAAUGCUUCCCACGCCAUUACCCACCUCCAAACGUCCUGAAUCAUCCUCUACCUCUGACCAUGAUGGUGGUUCCCCAAUGCCAGAAAGUCUAGAAACUUCAUUGGCCUCAGUUCUCAACUCAGUUUUUCAAUCCCGUCCCAUUUUAUCCCCUCACCUUGGGACUGUUAAUCCCUCUCAUAUCUCCCUCCCGCUCAAUGUGUUGGGAGAAAAUCUUUCAGGCCAAGAAGAUAUUGAGAUGGGCGCCCUUAGUGAAUUAUCAUCAUCAUCUGAAGAUGAAGAUUCUGAGCAUUCGCCAGCUAGGCCUGCGAAAAAAAUAAAUCCUGAGGUGCAACUGUCUGACAAUGACGAUACCGACGAUGAAGAAUCUUUGUCAUCAUCGUCAGAUGAGUCUACAGACAGUGGUGUCAAGAAGCCUAUUGGGAAUACCUCAGGCAACAGGGGUGGAAGAGGUGAUCCUGGAAACUUGAAGAAACCCAGGGUUGGCUCAUCAAAGGUAGACACUAAGGGACCCAAAGCGGAGGGUUCCCAAGCGACUGGUGGCGAGAAUAAUCCUAGGAAACGCUCUCGAUUCAGUUCUAUUGGGAAUUCUCCAGAUAAGCCGAUCAAUGUUGAUGAGUUUCUCUCAAUGUUUGAACCUGCAAUACUGCAUGAUUAUGGCAAGGACGAAGAGAUUUCUCUUAGUAAAGAAGAAGCUCCUCGCAUUGUCUGUGACCGGUCAUUCACAGUUUACGAUAUUGAUGGCAAUCCUCAUGAAUUCACGCCAGAAUUCCAUCAUGGUGUCUUCAAUGACCGGUUCCAAGAGUUUAUGGAACUUGUUUAUGAUGGUUACAUUGAGGGUCGUCCUCCUCACAUCGUGGAUCCACAAAACUCUUGUCUGGCAAAAUUGCAUCAUCAAGACUUUUUGACCAUGUCUGCCUCAGACAUCCAGAACAAAAUGCGCCAUAAACAGGUUGUCGUCACUGGGCUCCCCUUCGAUGAAAAGAUGCAGUUCGAUGCCAAAGGCCUUCGCACCGUUGUUGGUUCCAUGACUGCACAGAUCUCCAUUACUGACUUCUCAGUCAUCAACCCAGGGACCGACUGCGUUCCCUCUGUUGUCAGUGGCCAUGUUAACGACCUUCUUGAGAAUGCCUCGAGCACCGGCAAGAUUUUGAAUGGACUUGACCUCCCCAUGUGGUCUUCCUAUCGUCCUUCGAACAAUUAUGAAACAGAUGCUGUUGCAUGGAAUGUUACCCGUGGGACCCACAGAAUUCCGCUUCAUGGACCCUUCCCAACCCAGGACCGUGAAUGGGGUAUUGCCGGUCUUAAGCAUGUUCUCACUUUUCUCCACAUUGACUGCGAUGGGUUUAACACAAGAUAUGGCACUAAAGUUGGACGAAAACUGUGGGCCUUCUUGAGACCGCAAGAUUCGAAAAAACUCUCUUCAAUUGACUUCUACAUGGAUGAAGAUGGUUUUUCUCUCUCUGGGAAGCCCAAGGAUAUCAAGUAUGACUUUGAGGCUGUUGUUCUUCGGCCUGGUGAUGAACUUCAUAUGCUGCCCAAUUCUGCACAUUGGGUAUAUGGCAUAGAUGAUGUGAUUGCACAGGGCGGUCAUUACUAUUCCUCAUAUCUUAUGCAGGAGACUCUGCAAGGCGUUGUACAUGCCUUUGUUCUCAACAAGUUUUUAACAAACACAGAGCAUAUUCCCUCUCGUCACCUAUUGCGGAGGAUCCUGAUCUUCUACCAAGUUGGCCUCAUUGAGGGUGGCAUCUCUGACGACGAUCCUGCAUCAGUUCAUCUACCUAACGUUGAGACAAUGGAGGGCAUGCUCCAUAUCAUCUGUCUUGCAGUCCUGAUUAUUCUUGGCAAUGUUCUGGAUUUCAGGACUUACAGCACUCCAAAUCAAGGGGAAGAUGAUGAAGCCUCUCCUACCCAAAGAACAUUGAUGGACACUGGUGACAUCAAUGCCAUUCCCAACAAUGAAAGAAUCGCGUAUUGUUAUGCACGUGGCGUGGCUUUACACAUCCUCAAGUGGCUCCGUUCCUGUGCCACUUUCACUGGCCCACCGGAUGGUCUUGCCGACGAUCUGAUAUCUCUUUUUUUUGUUCAGAUUUUGGCUAGUCUAUCAGACUACAAAAGCCUUGCUGAAGCAAAGAGUUAUGGUGGAGUCCCCCAUUGCACCUCCCAUUUGCUCAGUAAACAGAUUGCCAACAUUCUUGAGGUGGAUCCGAUUCUGAAGGCUGCAUGGGCAUAUAAAGAACGUGUUCCUUCGCGCUCUCUCGCCCUCGAGGAGAAGGAGAAGUACAACGUUGAAUGGCGGUGUGAUUGGGAACCCAUGUCGUGGAGAGCCCCAUCUGUUGAUUUUGCUCUCACAGGGCAGACUCCUUUUGACAUCAAGUUCUUUCAGGCCACUAAGCUGCGGAUUAACUCUGAGAAUGCCAACAUGAUUGUUGUUGAUGUCGUCAAACCUCCUCGCAAGAAAGCAAAAAUUGAUUCGCUUUGCGAUCUGGUGCAAUUAGCUGCUACUUGCAAAGCUUUUACAAAACCUGCCACUCUAGAAUUAUUGGAAAAGCAAACAAGCAUUGUUCGUCUGAAAACAUUGAUCCCUCUAGAUGCUCCAGCCCUUGCAUCUAAUUGGGCUGCCUUCAAUAAAGUUGCUGGCUCUAUGACUGCUAUUAGUCAUGAUCAAUCUAAAGGCAUCAUUCAAGACACAGCUGAUGUCCAAAACUUUGCAUCAUCUGUUUGUUGGGCUGUGGAACAUAAUCUGCUUCCCAGAGACAUGUUUAAGCAUCUGACUGCUCUAUCAUUGUCCAUAAUACCCAACUGGCCUCUCUCAGACUUCUUACCAUUCCUGUUGGCUUCACAUAAUCUUUACCAUCUGGUAUUAUCUCAUCUUGGGUUCUCUGAGGCAGAUCCUAAGUUUCAGGAUGCUAUGGCUAGUCUUCUGGACAAUUGUCCCCUCCUGAACUCCCUUACUCUUGAUCUUGACAGUUCAUCUUCAAAUCAGCCACCUUUAUUCACCAAAGACACUAUCCAUACUAGGCUUAGGAGCCUCAAUAUCUUGUGUGAUGGUCAACCUAUCCACUUAUAUUUUCCAGCAUUUCCAUGUCUUCAGGAGCUUACUGUCCGAGCUCCAGAAAAUGUUGACAUUUAUAAACUGCAGCCUGAUUACCAUCUGGAUUUGCCAGCACUCCUGCACUUCAAGGUGGAGACUGCAGCCAAAUACAUUUCUCUCAAGUCCUUUGACUACAUUUCAUCGACAUAUUCCCUUGUUUCUUUCUCUGUGCAGUAUACAGAUGCACCACCAUUUCCUCAAACAAUUGAAAGAACAUUGAUGAAGAUAAAGCAGAUAUGCUCUUCUGCUUCAUUUCACGACCUCAUCAUAUGUUAUUGGGCAGACCCUCUUGGUACACCUAUGGAUGAGUACUUCCUUGAAAAUGAGGGUGACUAUGCCCCAUUUUCAGCCCUGAAACUCAGAAAGCAUCUUGUGUCAUUUCCACUCCGCUGUCUGAUCAUAGAUGUGGAACUUCCCUUCACAAUGCUACAUGAUCAUUUCCUCUUAACUAUUGGCCAGACCUGGCCAUCUCUUGAAACUUUGCAUCUGAUCCCCGGAAAUGGAAUUCCUGUUCCUGUAUCAGCCUCAACCCGAGGAGUAAUGCGACUUCUGGAACUCUGCCCACAAUUGGAGUCAUUAAAGAUUCCAUUUUUUCAUCCUGCUGAUAUUCAGCUGCAAUCUCCUCCAACAUCAACUUACCCCUGA